CUAAACACAUUUCCGAUUUGAAACAAUCCACAGCAACAAAAAAGAAGCUAAUGAUGUCAUGCUCUCCGGUUAAGUAUUUUAAAGGAGUAAUUAUAUAAUCUUUUACGUAACAACAAUUUACUUUAGGGAAAUCCAGCAUCAUGUCAGUGCACUGUGCACCCACCAACUUUCCAAUUUGCAUGGGGCUGAAACCAGAGUUCAGUAUAUAACGACGAGAUGCUCAUGUUUCCGCUCUAACAUUGUGAGUCUUUGUUCCAAAGGCGGGAAGGCAGGCAACAAGCUUAAGUCUGUAUUUUAUUCGAAUUGGGCUGAUUCAAGACAGAUUUUGGCGAGAGUGAGCCCUCUCGCGUCUCCGCGCUGAAACUUUACCACCAGAGAAAACAGCCGAUCGAGCGAAACAUCUCCUGGCCAGAAGUAGUAUGACAUUUCGUCAGACAGUCUACAAAUACUGAAACAAACAAACCAAUUGUGCGCUGCCUUACGGGACUCCAGUCACGGCCGGUUGUGAACCAGGGUGUCUGUGGGGACGCCUCCAACACCGAGACGCAGUGCAGACGGCUGCGCCACUCGGGAGCCACAGGCUUCUCUUAACAAAAUGGGCCACUAUUCUGAUAAUUGCUCUGAUGACUUGGAUACAUUUUGGGAUAAGUCGAGAAAUAAAUGUGUGCCAUGUCAUCCACAGCAUCCGAUCCAACCAGGGUACGAAUUUAGUCCAAACUGUGGCAUGCAUGAUGAUGGGGGGAGGUCGGAAAUACCAUAUCGGAAAUGUGCCGCCCAGACCUUCAAUAAUGGGAGCUUCGUGAAAUGCCAACCCUGUUCUAGCUGCCUCCCAACUGAUCAAAAGGUGUCCGAAUGCAACAACACGACAGACACGCAAUGCUGCGGAUCGAGGGACCAGACAGGCUGUCGGGAAGGAGUCCUGGGUACUACAACUCAACAGGUGCAACAGUCAACAACGUUAAAGGUCCAAAUGUCAACAUCAAAUCCCACCACAGCCGAACACACUGCUCAAACCAUCAGACCACCAGACGUCAACCAUAAGACUGCAUGGAUAGUGCUUACUGUCAUCUUGGUUCUCUCUGUACUUGCAUUUCUCUUAUUCAUCUAUAUUAAGAAGAGAAGGGGAAGAUCAAGAGCCUUUUGCAUCAGAGAUGAGGAGAAUAAGCCAUGCUUUAAGGUCAGCCUUAACUGCCUCCCAUCAGACAAUAUCCUGUAUACCAACCAACAGUCAUGGAGUAGUAGGGGAACAGCAACUGUCAAUGAAGAGGUUGCUCUCCUACAGUCAGAGACAAGGAACCUAGAGGACAUUUUGAGUCCUGACCUCCAGUCUGCGCCACUGCAGACGGUUCUGGACAACCUGGAUGUUCUAGAGGAGCUUGUGAUCCUGUUGGACCCAGAGAUCCCUGGGGUGAAGAACACCAGCCACCUAGCAUCUCGCUGCUCCUUCCCCGCCACCUGGAUUACCUACACCUACUCCAUGAGGGACAGCAAGAGCCCCCUGAGGGCCGUGCUGGAGGGGGUCACCACCAAGCACCCAGACUGGACUGUAGGACAAUUGGCCAGGCUGCUGAGAGAGAUGGACCGGAACGACGCAGUGGUGGUGCUCACCAAACUCAUCUUGUUUAAGGUUGUCUAGUCUGGGUGUGUUUUGUGUUGGGUCUGGAAAAGAUGGCUCCAUCCAGAUACAAUCACAAGUCUCUACCACCUGCAAAGGCACUGAGAUAUAACAGGAGGGCCAGUAGGAGGCAUGCUUUCCUUAGGGACCCCAAAGUCCCAAGGCAGUGAUUGGGAACACUGUUCUUUUGUAUUAGGGUUCAAAUAAGAUAUUUAACUGUGAUAACAUGGCACUUACCACUUAAAGCAGGGAUGUUAAAACCUCUUAGUGAUCCCUUCACGCGCCAAUCCCGUUAGCGGGAUAGAUUUGACAAUUACUUAAAGCAGGGAUGUUAACCCCGGUGUCCUGAAAAAGAGGAGCCGCACACUCUAGUAGCUCAGAUGCAAUAAUGUAAUAACCUAAUAACCAACGUUUCGACAGACAAGCUGUCUUCAUCAGGGUAUAAUGACAAGCAUGGUGAGGUGACUAGUUUAUAUAGUGUCAAAGGACACACACAUGUCUGUAAUCAUGACCGGGUGUGGCUUGAUAUCGUUGGUUCAUUUUCAGAUAUAUAUAGAACAUACACAAACAUGAAUCAUAGAUACAAUUUUGUUACAUCGGCCUACAAACAUAUACAAUGAAUAGCAAAAUCACAAAAAUGGCUUCAGAUCAAAGUCCAGGCGGCCUCUCCUUUUAACAAUAAAUUGUUGAGGUCCCCCCCACCCCCCUCUUCUAGGGAGGGUGACGUGUUCGAUGCCGAUAUAACGUAAGUACGAAAUCGGGUGGUUCACUUCCAAAAAGUGUGCCGCAACUGGGUAUGUUGAGUUUUUGCACCUAAUGGUGCUAUGAUGCUCCGAGAUCCGUAGUUUUAAUUUGCGCUUCAUUUUACCACAAGGACAAGUUAUAAGAUAAAUAACACAUUUGAUUGGGAUCCGUUUCCCUGGUUGGGGGUUUACCAGGCAAGUCAGUUCAGAAUAGAUUGUUAUUGUCAAUGACGGCCUACGAACAGUGGGUUACCUGCCUGUUCAGGGUCAGAACGACAGAUUUGUACCUUGUCAGCUCGGGGGUUUGAAUUUCAAUAGCUCCUUGGUCAUGUGACUUCAAACAAGGUUCAGAAUGUCCACUCAGUGUCCCUACACAUUGCAUAACCUUUAGUUUGUCCAUUUUCAUCUCACGUGGUUUUACAUGAAUUUUUCAACAUUUAGAAUUUCAAUAGUUCCUUGGUCAUGUGACCUAAUGUCCGCUGACUACCCUUCUAUAUUGCACACUCUUGUUUGUGUACUGUAAAAUCAUGCGGUGUAACAUACCUUUUUCAUAAUUUCAAAUUUGCAAUAGCUCCUUGGUCAUGUCAAUUACACACCUAAGAAGCAUGCAGUGGAUAUACACCCAUAUUGCAUAACCUCUAGUCAUGUAUCUUCUAUAUUGUUGUACAUUAUUAUUAGUUUGACAAUUAGGGGGUUCAGUCCAGUGUUUACCCUUUUCUUUAAUGUUUAUCUACAAUAGUUGGUCGUUCUAAGUACUUAUUUUCCCUGUUUUUUAUUUUUCCUAUUGUGUAUUUGGUACACAAUAGGAGAGAGACAGAUAAUAUCUCCUUUUCGUCGUUAAUAUCAACCAUAAAGGAAAGGGGCAAAGUACGAGAGUCAUGUUAUUAACUGUCCAAAGCAGGGAUGGAGAGGGAGCUAGUGAGGUAGGCUGCAGUGGGUUUGCUGGUCAAUACAUAUACUGAACAGGGAUGGAGAGGGAGCUAGUGAGGUAGGCUGCAGUAGGUUUGCUGGUCAAUACAUAUACUGAACAUGUAACCACAGUAAUGGUGGCUAGAAAAUCAAUGAAUAAAAAUGUUAUACUGACAAAUUAAACAAAUUGUAGACCUUUAAUCUUUUCCAACAUGUCAACAGACACUUAACUUCAAUUAAGUAUGAAACAUUUCACCAACAAAGACUGCACUUCCAGUUUGUGUUCUUUACUUUGUUGAACUCUUGUCUUCAUUCCUAGUUACAGCACAUUGAACCUCAGUUGGCAUGCAAAAUAUUACAUCAAAACAAAACAAGGUGUAACACGUUAUAAAUAAUAUAAAAUAUCAAUGCAGUAUGACGAAUUAGCCGUCCAUUGUAUUAUAUCAUAAAUUGUCUUACAUGCCGUCACUGUUGUCCAAAUAUUAUAAACAUGUUAAAUAAAGUUACUAACCCAGUCAG